GUACCCACCCAAGUUCCUCCUAUAAAACCACUCCCGUCUGAUCCCAUCUUCCUCAUUCAUCCUCACUUUCUUAUUUCUUCUUCUAUUUCUGUUUCUUUCCUUUUCACAAAGCAUAUACAUUCCAGAAUAGCAAUGGCGGCAGUUUCCACUUCUCCCAUGAUUGACUCAUCUUUAGACCCAUCUUUCGACGUUGACAAGCUCACCUGUGAAAUCUUCUCCAUUCUCGAAAACAAGUUCCUUUUCGGCUACGAUGAUUCCAAGCUUCUACAGAACCAAACCCCAAAUAAACCACUCGCCGGCAAAGUCGCCAUUCUCAGCAUUGACGGAGGUGGCGCCACCGAUGGCAUUCUUGCCGCUAGGUCACUCGCCCACCUCGAGGCCUCCCUCCGCCACAAGUCCGGCAACCCCAACGCCCGGAUUUCUGACUACUUCGACGUGGUCGCCGGCUCUGGCGCUGGCGGCAUUCUUGCCGCUCUGCUCUUCACUAGAGGAAAAGACGGCGGCCCCUUGUUCAGCGCCGAUGAGGCUCUGAGGUUCCUCGUGGAGAACCGCAGGAGGAUUUUCAGGGCGCCUCCGGCGGGGGUGCUCCGGCGGAUGUUCCGUCCAGCGAAGGCUGAGAAGGUCUUCCAGCGGGCAUUCGGGGAGGCGACAUUGAAGGACACGUUGAAGUCUGUUUUGAUCACGUGCUACGACCUCUCCACUCGCGCGCCGUUCCUGUUCUCCCGCGCGGACGCUUUGGAAAUCGACGGCUACGAUUUCAAGAUGAAAGACGUGUGCGUUGCCACGUCAUCCGAUCCGACGGUGGCCGGAGGCGUCGAACUGAGGUCAGUGGACCGCGGCACGAGGAUCGUGGCCGUCGAUGGCCGGAUCGCGAUGAACAACCCGACAGCGGCCGCAAUCACGCACGUGCUCAAUAACAAGCAGGAGUUUCCUUUCUGUAACAGCGUGGGAGACCUCUUAGUGGUGUCUCUGGGCAACGGAGAGUCCGACUCGGGAGCCGGAAACUUGAGUUCCACGGCAUCGGAGUUAGUUAGAAUCGCCGGAGAAGGAGCUUCCGACAUGGUUGAUCAAGCAGUAUCAAUGGCAUUUGGAGAAAGUCGAGCUACUAAUUAUGUCAGAAUUCAAGGGAAUGCAAUGUUGGGUAAAAGGCAUAGUAAUGGGCUGAAGGACAGUAAGCAGUUGGUGGGUAUGACGGAGGAAAUGCUGGAGCAGAAAAAUGUGGAAUCGGUGUUAUUUUCCGGGAAAAAGUUGGUAGAAAAGACCAAUUCUGAGAAGUUACAGUGGUUCGCCGCAGAGAUAAUGAAGGAGAAAGAGAGGAGAAAAACCAGCAUUCUACCAACAGUGGUGUUGAAGCAGGCUUCACAUUCUCCAAGAACUUCAUCUGCCACUACUCUCUCAUCAAUGUCUUCCAAUUAAUUAAAUAUUCUUCACCAAACGCGGAUUUUUUUUUUUCCUUUUUGCCUUUGGGAGUUCAAGUGUGUUGGAUUGUGAAUUUGCUGCCGCUCCUCGUCCACAAACCAAAGCUAUCCGACCGUGAGCUGAGCUGAGCUGUUGAGUGGAGAGUUACACAUUUUGGGUUUAUUUUUUAGGGCUAUGUGUAUAUUUAUUAUGUAAUAUUGAUUUUGUAUAGGGAAGGUAGUUGAAAGGGAGUGACUAAUUAUAUGUAGUUUUUAAGUUGACUAGAUGUGGGGUUGGAGGGUAUAUAUAAUUGUAAUUUUGAGUGAUUUUAUAUUGAGCUUGUUAAUUUACUUGAAAUCAAUAUAACAUCGUUUGGGAUUAUCCUUGGGAGCGACUUUUUUUA